GAUCUAAGACGCUCGCCCUGUGAAGAACUCGCUAACAAGACAAAGAAGCUAAGAUGGGGCUGCUGAACCUUUUGCGCAAGCUCAAGAAGGAUGACAGUGAGGCGCGUAUCCUCGUGUUGGGACUGGAUAAUGGUGGCAAGACCACCAUCCUUAAGAAACUCUCGGAAGAGGACAUCAGUCACAUCAUGCCUACGCAAGGUUUCAACGUGAAGAGUCUUCAGGUCGACGGCUUCAAGCUCAACAUGUGGGACAUUGGCGGCCAGAAGACCAUCCGUCCGUACUGGCGGAACUACUACGAGCAGACUGACGCUUUGAUCUACGUGAUCGACAGUGCGGAUCGGCGCCGUCUUGAGGAAACCGGCAUGGAGCUCGUGACGCUACUGGAAGAAGAGAAGCUCUCCAACGUGCCUAUUCUCGUGUUCGCCAACAAGCAGGACUUGCUGAAUGCUCUGCCCUCUGGUGAAAUAUCCACGGCACUCAACCUGGCAACCAUUCGCGACCGCACGUGGCACAUCCAGGCCUGCUCCGCCAAGACCGGCGAGGGGCUGCAAGAAGGCAUGGAGUGGAUAGUCACCACAAUGAGCACUGGACGAGAGGCCAAGUAAACCACAUCCAGUUUCUUCACUCGCACAUUUUAAUUGCGAACUUUUACAGAUAGAAUCACUAAACUAUCUGUAAAAUCUCAAACUCUUGCCUUUGAAAAAAAAUGUUUUUUUAUGGCAUGAGCACACCUACGCUACGCACUCCACGACUUUUAUUAGUGGUUUUGUAUUGUGUCGAGCAUUCGGGUGUCUUUCACCUGAGUAAACCCUGGUGCUACAUGUAGUACAUUCCUAGGCCCGCUUAGGCCUCGAACUCCACGCCAAUCUUCACCUGUGCCGCCUGUGCGACGAUGUCGGCGAUCUUGACGGCCUUCUCGGCAGCGUCCUCCAGGUCGUCGGCCACAAUCAUCUUGAUGCCCGACUCGGCGAUAAUCUUGCGCGCAGGCUCCACGUUGGUGCCCUGCAGACGGAUAAUGACCGGCUUCUUCAGGCCCAAGUCCUUGGCCGCCGCCACGAUACCGGCAGCGAUCACAUCGCAGCGCAUGAUACCGCCGAAAAUGUUGACCAGGAUCGACUUGACCUGGUCGUCGCCGUCCAGGAUCUCGAAGGCCUUCUUGACCUGCUCCUCAGUGGCACCUCCGCCCACAUCCAAAAAGUUAGCGGGCGAGCCGCCGUACAGCGAGAUGAUGUCCAUGGUGGCCAUGGCCAGACCGGCACCGUUAACGAGGCAGCCGAUGUUGCCGUCCAGGCCGAUGUAGUUGAGGUCGUAGGCACUGGCCUCCACCUCACGCGGGUCCUCCUGGGUCUUGUCGCGCUUGGCGAAGAUUUCCUUGUGACGGAAGGCGGCGUUGUCGUCGUAGUUGAGCUUGGCGUCGCAAGCGAAGAUCUCGCCCUCACGCGUCUCGGCCAGAGGGUUGAUCUCCACAAGAGUGGCGUCCACGCCGAUGAACAUGUCGUACAGGUUCUUGAUCUGCGUCUCCAGCUUCUUAAGGACCUCACCCUCACCGCCCAGAGCCUUAGCCAAACGGGCCACCUGCUCGUCUGUGGGGCCAGUGGAGAUGUCGACGUUCUCCUUAAAGAUCAACUCGGGGGUGGCCUCGGCCACGUCCUCAAUGGAGGUUCCGCCGGCAGGCGAGGCCACCAUAACGGGACCCUGCGACGCGCGGUCCAUGAGGAUCGAAAAGUACAUCUCACGACGCAUCCAGACGCGCUCCAUGAGGAAAACCUUGGCCACCUCAAUGCCCUUCGCGCCAGUCUGCUUGGUCACGAGCGUCUCGCCCAGCAUCUUCUUAGCGAAAUCCUCGGCCUGCUCGGGCUUAGUGCACAUGUGUACACCGCCCUUGAAGCCAUUCUUGAACGUACCGAGGCCACGGCCGCCCGUCAGCGCCUGCGCCUUGAUCACCAC